AUGAAAGGCAGCGACGAUUCGACCGGUACGACCGAAUCGCAAGAGAAGACGGAACCCGAACCCGAGGCAGAUGAGCCACCAUACCCGACAGGUGUUCAGCUGGGGCUCAUUGUCUUUGCGCUGUUUUGCUCGGUCUUCAUCGUAGCCGUUAGUCAGACAGUUCUUGCAACAGCAAUCCCGACCAUCACGAGCGUCUUCAACAGUUCCGACGACAUUGCUUGGUACAGCACGGGAGAACAGAUCACGGCUGUUGCGUUACAACUUCCCUUCGGUCAAGCGUACUCACUCUUCAAUAAUAAAUGGACAUUCUUGACUUCGGUGGUUAUCUAUCUCGCUGGUAGCGCAGUUUGUGGCUCUGCGCCGACGUCAGUUGCCUUGAUCAUCGGUAGAGCUAUCCAGGGUGUAGGCAUGGCAGGGGUAUUCGGCGGCUCAUUCAUCGUCAUUGCUCGCAUCACGCCGCUUAGAAAGCGAAGUCUGUUUGCUGGUUUAUUUGGUGCUGCGUAUGCCAUAGCCAGUGUUAUCGGGCCUAUCAUGGGCGGUGCCAUCACGCAGAGAGCCUCUUGGAGAUGGUGCUUUUACUUCAAUCUUCCGAUUGGAGCUGUAGUAGUCGCGGUCGUCAUUUUCUGUUUGCCCCCAUCCCUCUGCCGGACCUCCACAGAGCUCAACUCCAUGACCCCUAUUCAACUGGCAAAGAAGUUUGAUCUUCUCGGUACUACUCUUUUACUAGCUUCUCUGGUCUGUCUGAUGCUGGCCUUACAAUGGGGCGGCGGCGAGUACCCAUGGAACGACGCGCGCGUUAUUGCAGUCUUGAUUGUGUUCGGCGUCAAUCUCCUCCCGUGGAUGGCACUACAGUACUUCCAGGGCGAUGAUGCCACAGUACCUCUCAGCAUUGUUAAGCAGCGCUCCGUUGCGUCUUCUAAUCUUUACUUGCUCUUUUUGAACGGAGCCUUUGGUGUCUUUAUCUUUUAUCUGCCUGUUUGGUUCCAAUCUAUUCGGGGAGAUGACGCUGAAUCUUCUGGCUUGAAACAGCUGGCACUCUGCAUUAGCACCGCCGUCGGUUCAAUUGCAGCUGGAGGCCUUGUCAUGGCGAUUGGUUUCUACAACCCAUUCGUGAUUGCGGGUUCCGUUUUAGUCACAGCCGGUUCUGCACUCCUAAUGACCAUCAAAGCUGAUGCUGCACUUGGCAUACUCGUUGGGGCUCAGAUCUUAGUCGGAGCUGGCGUCGGUGUCGGAGCCGAACAGGCCAACGUCGCCGUCCAGACAGUACUGCCCAAUGAAAAGAUUCCCAAGGGUACGAGUCUGACACUUUUCACGAGACUCUUAGGAGUCGCUCUUUCGGUGCCUAUUGCGCAGAGUGUUUUCCAGCAAGAACUCUCCAAGAAUCUUGGUAAUUCAGUCGCUGCCAAGAUUUACGGCGAUGGAGGUGCAACACAGAUCAAGGAGAACUUGCAAAAGAUUUUCGGGAACGGUACCUCCGAGUAUAACAGUGCUUUGGAUAAGGUCAACACUUCGUUGACAAGAACCUUCAUGCUGGCCAUGAUCUUAGCCGCGAUCUCUCUCCUGUUUGCGAUUCUCUUGGAGUGGAAGAACGUCAAAAAGGAGAAGAGGAUAUUUGACGAUGCAAAGGAACAGAAGAGCCAGCCCGAAAAGUGA